GUUCAGUGUAAACCUCAAUACGCAUGCGCAUCACUGUUUGAAAAAUGGCGCUCACAAUCUCGGAAAAUUGGAUUAAAUCCAGAUUAGAGCUAAAUAAUAACAAUCUAGAGGAUAUUCGGACACUUACAUUACCUGGAACGUAUCAUGAAAAGAUAGGGCAUCUUGGGACAUCGCUGAGAGGAUUCUCCCGGUUGAAGAACUUAGAUCUUUCUAGGAAUGGUCUACAAAGCUUAGAGGGACUUGACCACUUGAAGAGCCUGGAAAAAUUGAAUGUAUACUACAACAACAUUAGUUGUCUAUCAGAGCUGAAGAGACUGAAACUCAAUCCAGCUAUAACAGACUUGGAUCUCAGAUUGAACCCAGUUGCCAGGACUGAACCAGAUUACAGGUUAUAUCUCAUACAUAUGCUGCCAAAUCUUAGGAGGUUAGAUGAUCGCUCUGUAAGAGACAGCGAACGUAAGGCAGCCCUUCAACACUUCGCAACAGAUCAAGCUACAGAACUUACCAAUCACAGCCCUCCUAGGCAUUCAUCUCCAGAGAAGCCAUCCAAUCCAAGAGCAGAACAUGUUAGAAAGUUAACAAAAACAGGUUUGGAUGAUGAUGAUGUAGAACUACUAGAUCUCAUAGCACGGACAGGAGGAGACCUUUCUCAACCAAGACAACUAACAGGGUCCUCAGCCAGAUCCAGUACACAACAGCACUAUACUGCUGAUGAGUUCAGACAACUGCCAGAUCCAUCCAAACCAACUCUUAGCACAGGCUCUCCUGCCAGACAACCUACUUUAUCUCAAAAGGCUGAAUCUCCGAAGAAAGACAUGUCUGACCUAUCAAAGCAUACCCACACUACUGCUGUUACAGUUACUCCCCCUAAAAAGUACCCACACAUACCAGCUGUUACAGGCACUCCCCCUAGAGAGAUGCAAGAGAAAAAUAGAGUAAGGUUUAGUGAAGACCCAAAUCUACAGUUCCAAGAUGAGCUAGAUGCAUAUACAUCGUACAAGGCCACGGGAAACUUUACACCACAUCCAGGAGAACAGAGCAAGAGUCCACAGAGCUCUCCAAGUAAAGUUACUAAACCCCCUCCCUCCACUCAGACUUAUUCUGACUACCUCACACAACUUCUUGAUCUCGUGGACAAAUAUUGGAAUGGAUCUAAAUCUUUACACAGAAAUGCUAAGUUUCAAAAUAAGGUAUCAGAAAUCACAGACAAUUAUCUACACAAAAAGGACACAACAAGAUCUGAAAUAUCACACUUACAAGAAAGACUUUCUGCAGUGACCAAUGAGAAUGCAGCAUUACAAAAGAAAUUGACCAAUCAGAGUACAAGCGUUGCGUCCACCACAGAAUCACAUCUAGAGAAUGCCUUAGAGAAAACAAGACAAGAAGCUGAUACACUGAGAAGGAGGCUACAUCAGUCAGUUGAUGAGAAUAAAAUAUUGAGGAAUAAGCUGUCUUCUGAAGUCAGUCUACAUGAGAAGGAAACAACACUAUCAACAAUAGAUCAGCAACAUUUAGAUGACCUUGAGGUUCAGAAUCGAGAGUUAGAACGGGAGAUAUAUCGCCAGAAUGUUCGUUUGAAACAAUAUGAACAGAUGCAGCAACUAGCAGCCAUGCUUCAAGAGAGCCACAAAUCCCUGGUACAUACAAAUGAUACACUCCUACUGGAACUGAAUGAGACAAAGCAACGACACAGAGAUGAAGUGAAACAAUUACACUGGAGCUAUGACCAAAUGAAGAAAACCAUGACUUCUAUGCCAAAUUCUACAUUAAAGGACUCUGGAUCCUUUCUUAUGAAUGGGACUCGGUGAAAUUAUAUUACAACCAAGACAUAUAGAUCUCAGUGCGUUUACGAACAACCAGGGUAGAGGCAGCUCUAAGUGCUCAUGCACUCAAAUGUAUGCUCAGAUUUUAAAGGAAGUUAUAUUUGAAAUUGAUGAUAUAAACGAUGAACUUUAGGAAUGAGGAAGGAUAUGUUCUUCUAAUGGUUUUCAAUUCAAUAAGUUAACUUUUGGUAUAUCACAUUCCAAAGGUGAAUGUUAGUCUCAUAAUAUGAUUGAAAAAAUGCCAAAAAUACUAAUGCAAAUAUAUCUUAUAUAACUGCCAAUGGUUAAUGUGUAAAGUCCCUCCCACAAUAUAUAAUUAUUUGAUUGUCACAAGAAGUGCACAUUGACAUUGUUUUAGUGCUACAUUUACUGUGACAUAUUGUAAUGGUCCCCGUUUUUAUGGCGGUUGGGCGAUUGGAGGUUGAUGGUUGGCAUCUGUAA